GCCAUCAAACUGCGACGGAAGAAGACUCGCUAAGCUGGUUUUUAACAUUUCGGACUGGUUUCGUUUGCGUUUAUUCUUUUACAUUUAUAUUUAUUUACACAUUAUGUUGUGUAUUUAUCUACUAAACAAGAGUAUUGUGUUAAAUAUGGUCGCAGGAAUGAGGUCCUUUAAUCGUGAUAUGACUUUUAGCCUGUUUUGCUAGCAGGCGUUUUGUUGUGUAGGGAAGAAAAAGGUGGUGUUUUGUUGUGUAGGGAACAAAAAGGUGGUGUUUUGUUGUGUAGGGAAGAAAAAGGUGGUGUUUUGUUGUGUAGGGAAGAAAAAGGUGGUGUUUUGUUGUGUAGGGAAGAAAAAGGUGGUGUUUUGUUGUGUAGGGAAGAAAAAGGUGGUGUUUUGUUGUGUAGGGAAGAAAAAGGUGGUGUUUUGUUGUGUAGUUAACAAAAAGGUGGUGUUUUGUUGUGUAGGGAACAAAAAGGUGGUGUUUUGUUGUGUAGGGAAGAAGAAAGGUGGUGUUUUGUUGUGUAGGGAACAAAAAGGUGGUGUUUUGUUGUGUAGGGAACAAAAAGGUGGUGUUUUGUUGUGUAGGGAACAAAAAGGUGGUGUUUUGUUGUGUAGGGAACAAAAAGGUGGUGUUUUGUUGUGUAGGGAACAAAAAGGUGGUGUUUUGUUGUGUAGGGAAGAAGAAAGGUGGUGUUUUGUUGUGUAGGGAAGAAGAAAGGUGGUGUUUUGUUGUGUAGGGAAGAAGAAAGGUGGUGUUUUGUUGUGUAGGGAAGAAGAAAGGUGGUGUUUUGUUGUGUAGGGAAGAAGAAAGGUGGUGUUUACUUUCCCGAAAUGAGGGACACAGUUUUCUAAGCUGUGUUUUACACUGAGGAUUAAACAUCAUGAGCGACUCGGAGGUGGAAAGGACUAUGAUGGGGCGUCCGCCCAGCAGCUACGGCUCCAUGUGUAGUGACAAUCCAGAAGAUGAGGAUGAUGAAGACGUCAUUGAAGAUGCUGCUCAUCGGCCUGUUAUUAAAGUUAAUUUACCUACCAGGAUCAAGAUUCAACGCCCAGACUCGCCAGAAACAGGCGUCACCUCAGUCACACAUGACCGACAAACCAGUGUACAUAAUGAGGGGGUAUACAUUACUGCUCAAAGGAGGCAGCCGGACCCAGAAGAAAUGAAUAUGGAGGUAGAAGAUAGUGGGAGUUAUGUGUUUCCGAGUGAAGCCCAAGACAGAGAGACGCUGAAUAUUCAGACUGAACCGAGUGUUCCUGAACCCACACACUCUCCCUCUUCUACAGCAGAUUCCACAGAUGAACUUGCCCUGCCCUAUAUAUUCACGGCCAUGUUAAACACUCUUAGGAUUCUUAACAUCGUGGAGCUGCAGUGUUUUGUGCGCACUCUGUGCGCUCAGUGUGACGGACAGCUGGAGUUCCGGCAGCUGGAACAAGAGGGUGAGAUCGACGUCCUGGACGUGGUGGACCGAAUGCUGGAGAAAUGGAACAAAGGAGAGACGUUGCACAACACCAUCCGCACGCUGUACGACAUCAACAAGCGAGACCUCGCUGCCAGUCUGGAGAGUGUGUGCAGAAGAGCUUGGGUGCAGUUCGAACUGAGAGCCAGCCACAAGCGUCGUUAUUACAGUCUUUACGAAGGAAUCUGUCGCCCGGGGCAACAGCGCUACAUCAGGCACGUCUAUGUCGAGUCGUCCAUUGUGCUGGAAACCCCACAAAACGAUGGAACGUCAAUCCGCACCUGCGACCUCUUCUCUCCGCUCGAGAGCGAAGGUCAUGUCCGUGUCGUCGUGACAACAGGCGUCCCGGGCAUCGGCCUUUCGGUAGCGAUGCAGAUGUUCCUCAUGGACUGGACGGAGGAGCAGGCAUGUCAGGAGUUCCAGUUUGUUUUUGCUCUUCCGGGUCGCGACCUUCACCUGGUCAGAAACUCGGAUCAGACUUUCCUGGAGUUUCUUGCCGCGUUUUAUCCCGAAACAAAGCAAGCGGAAUUCCUGGCACGCGACGAUUGCCCUGUGCUGUUUGUCAUCGACGCGCUGGAGCUCUGCAAGCAACCUCUCGAUUUUCAGAACAAUCCAAGCGUCACCGAGAUCACGACUCCGGCUCCUGUGGAUGCCCUUCUCACAAGUUUGAUCAAAGGAGACUUGCUGUCUCACGCGUGCAUUUGGAUCACAGCCCAUCGUUCCACAUGUCGGAAAAUCCCCCCAAAUUGCAUUAGCAGGGUUACAGAGCUAAAAGGAUUCGGCAAUGCGCAGAGGGACGAGUACUUCACCAAGCGUACUCGAACUCCAGAGCUUGGCAGAAGUGUUCUAGAUCAGGUCCGAGGUUUUCCAGGUCUGUACGAUGCUUGCUAUUUUCCUCUGUUCUCCUGGAUUGUGUCGGUCGUUUUCGAGCAGCAUUUACAGAAGCGAGGGAUCGACGAGCAAAUGCCAAAGCUCACCACUUUCUACGCGCAGUACAUGAUCGUGCUGACGAAUCGGAAAAUCGAGCGCUACGUCGGUACGGGGAUCGAGGCUUCACGCUGGACAGAGGCAGAUAAACACUUCUUGAUGAAAAUGGGUGAGCUGGCACUGCGGAUGCUGCGUGAAAACAAGAACGUCUUUCAUGAAGACAGCGUGUCGCGUUUGCAACUGGACAUCAGCGAUGUGACUCAUCGCGGCGGGCUCUCAUUCGAAACAGGUGAAUACACCAGAGAAAAUAGGAGGAGCUUUAGGUUUGUCCACCACAGCAUUCAGAAAUUUAUGGCUGCAUUGUACACCUACGUAACGUUUCGGGUGACGGGAGAAAACGUUUUUGAGCAGAGAGGCAGAACGCGGACGGAGCGACCCGUCAUCGAGCUUUACAAACCCGUCAUUGACACGGUGCUCGCCAGCCGGGACGCACACAUGGACCUCUUCCUGCAGUUCCUGUUAGGACUGGUGGCCGAAGAGGCGGAGACGCAGCUGCGUGGCCGCCUGCUGCCUCAGCGUCACCCGAAACCACAGGGCAUGGAGGGUGUGAUCAAGCAUGCGAGGAAGAGGAUAAAGGAGAACGCCGUACCCGAGCGGUGUAGGAAUUUGGAACGGUGUCUCUCUGAGCUGGAAGAGAACAAGAACGUGUAAUGAGACGAGAACAAAAUGAAAAUCACUUAAAUAGAAGAGUCUUUGUACCACAGCACCUGAGGAAAAGAGUUUAUAGAGUUUAAACAGUACACGUUUUAGUGUGUGGAGUGUUUACAGGAAAUUUUAUAGUGACUCCCUUCUGUAAGGUAGAGAGUUGUUUAAGCUGCCAAAGGCUUUCACAAGACUUCAACUGCAUCGUGUUUUCAUUCAGUGAAAAAGCAGCACCCGUGGACGAGACCCUAUGGAAACUGCACAUAGUGUAGACAGUUAUUGCUCCUUAUAUAGAUAUUUAAAUUGGGGAGUUGAACGAAAGAGCUAGAAUUUCUGCAGGAUUUACAGAACGUCCUUCUUUGUAACCAGCCGGGGAACCGAUUAGAUUUUAAAAUGAAUCCAAAGAGGUUCAAGGUUCCCAUUUAUUUGAAUGCGAAGGGAAGCAUUAAGUUUAGAGUGUUGCCAUAACAACGACAAGUCUACUCUUGUCCAAGUUAAACAAGGUGCUAAAGUUAAUCCAACAUGUUAUGUGUAAAAUUCACAAGAAGGGAAUUUUCACGUGUAGCAUGUUGACUCCUGGCUACCUCCCGAAUCGUUUACUACUUGAAAAGUAGUCAGUCUCACUACAGUGUCCUCUCUGAAUCUCUGAGGAGAUGUAGACGACUCCACAUUAAUGACAUUUACACCUUUUUGUCUCUUUGGCCAAAUAAGUUAUCCAUAAAGUAGACAGACCUCUACAAAGGACACUACACAGAGGCUUGUUAUAUUAAAUAAUGACAUGUGUUUGUUAUAAAGACGUUGUGAUUCACCUCA